AUGACGAGGAAGCCAUGGCUCUUAUUUGCUCUGCUUCUAAUCAUGUCUUAUUACAGAGCAUGCUUUUCCACAGCUGGUGAUACCCUUUCACCAGGUCACUCUCUUUCAGAGAGCGACACCAUAUUAUCUAAAGCUAUCAAAUUUGAGCUCGAUCCAGCACCUGGUGUGUUCUCCUUGGGGUUAAACCCAAAUGGAAGCAAUCAAUUUUUCUUAGAGUGGAACAAAUCCCAAAUUUAUUGGAGUUCUGAUGUUUGGAAUGAAACAUCUUUCAGCGUAGUUCAUGACAAGAGCUUUAUCUUCAACUGCACUUUUGUGUCAAGUGAAUAUGAAAGUGAGAGAUAUUUUACUUACUCUCUUUAUAAUCCUUCUAAUCUCGCUAAAUAUCGGGUUGACCAAACGGGACAAAUCAAGGCACAUGUGUGGCAGUCUGGCGUCUCCAUUUGGACUACAUUUCGUUCUGGACCGACGAAUUAUUCUGUAGUGUAUGCUUUGUGUGGUGCAUUUGGCGUGGUACAAUACCUUGACAAUUUACUAUUAUUUGAUUUCGAUAUUGAACUUUAUGUGAUCAAUGAUGGAAAUAAUACUGACAGUAAUUUGAAGAAAAGAGAGAAGGAUGCUGAGUUAUCAUUAUUCAGUUACGAGAGUAUCUUAGCUGCAACUAAUAAUUUUUCAGCUGUGAAUAAGCUUGGAGAAAGAGGGUUUGGACUUGUUUAUAAAGGAAAAUUACUUAGAGGGCAGGAAAUUGAAGUGAAGAUGCUUUCAAAAAGAUCUGGACAGGGAAUUGAAGAGUUUAGAAAUGAGACAAUACUAAUUGCAAAACUCCAGCAUAGAAAUCUUGUUAGCUCUUAG